AUGGCUUCCUCACAACCCUUCGGCACGCGCUCCUACGCCUCGGGCAAACUCCCCGACCGAUCUAUCAACGUCAACGCCCUUCCCUUCAGCGCCUCCUCCUUCUCGCGACACCGCAGUCUCGCCGGCGCGCCCGGCGCUCCCACGGCCGGCGACUUCGCCGACCCCAAAGCCAGCCAACAGGCACCAGGUCCAUCGCAAGCACCACCGCAACCACCGAUGCAUUCACAACCCCAACAAGACACGAAUCCCUUGAACCGAUUGACAGAAGAGCAACGCGAAGAGAUCAACGAAGCUUUCACCCUCUUCGACCUCGACCGUGACCGCCAUCUCGACUACCACGAACUCCGCGUCGCUUUCCGCGCAUUAGGCUUCACCCUCCCCAAACAAGAGCUCAUCUCCCUCCUAACCACCUACGGCGUUCCGCCUACUACGAACCCUCAACACCCGAGUAAUCUGCUCAUGCCACUAUCGGCCUUCCAGGCCGUCACGGCGCUGAAGAUACUGGAGCGGGAUCCACGCGACGAGAUCCUGCGCGCGUUCGAACUCUUCGAUGAAGGUGGAAAGGGGUACAUUGAUCUGGAAGAUUUGAGGCGCGUGGCGAGGGAGUUGGGUGAGACGGGACUCGAGGAGGAGGAACUGAGGGCUAUGAUUGAGGAGUUUGAUUUGGAGGGUGUCGGGGGUGUUACCAGGGAGGCGUUUGUGGGAAUUUGUUGGCAGUGA